AUGCAGCUUCAACACCUUCGCAGGCGUCUGCAGACACUCAUUGGGACCAAGAAGAGCCUGCCAGAUGUCUUGGAAAUCUUAGAGCUCCUGUAUGUGGAGCUAAACGCAUCGGCUACCUUUCUCACGAGGCGCGACAUGGCCAACUUUCUUUAUAUAUGCCGUGAAGCGCUUGGUUGGGGUCCUGCCGCCAUCGCAAAAGUGAGUCUUGUACUGGAUCUCUUGGUUUCCACGGAUACGUAUCUCUUGGGCCAAAUAUUAACGCGAGCUCCUCAUGUGCCCGCCACUUUCCGUAAGGGCUGGUUGCCCAGUCCUGGAGCCGCCUCUGAUACGCCUCACUCAGUUGGAAGGCAUUGCAAAAAGUACAGCACAGCACAAGUAGCCAAGAGCCUCAGACACGACAAACUUUCGCGAGCAGAUUGCACAGCUCAGCCUGCAGCACAGAACCAGUUGGGCCGUAUCUUCCAGAAUGCUGAUUGCGUCAAAGCCAUGUGCCGUUUGUACAAGCGCUUCUUUAACCAGAUCUCUGCAGCAGCAGGGCUGCCGACGGACGAGUCUAUUGACUUCUUCAAGGGAGUAUCUCUAUGCUUCAUAGACUUUCUCAAGCCCAUAGUCUUCAUCCUGUUACGUAACUCCAGCCAUUUGAAUUGGUUUACAUCGCUUCUGACCCCUAUUUUGUCGUAUUUAGUCGGAACAGACCUAUCUACGCUUCACAGUGCUGGCGUACACUUCUUUGUGUUAGUUUCGGAAGUCAUGUUUUGUAUUCUCUCGCCUACUCAGCCCUUUUCGGAAAGAUAUAUUAAUAUUAAUUUUGAACACUCCCACCUAUUGAGCAGCAGAACCGCACUUUCUAGAGAGUUACUCUCCACCAUAAAUAACUUGUCUGUGUUUAAGGAGCUACUAAUUCCAUCUCACUUCAACGCUACCUUGGACACGACCGCAAACGCAGGACAUUCUGCACCCUCAAAAGCAGCCGCAGCAUUCCAUCUUACUGUAACAGACCCUGAUACCGUAACCAAUUUAGACAUAUUGCAUUUAAUAAAGUUCUAUACCCUGCAGAAGGAAAUCCCCAUAGUCACCAGCAUUACCUCUAAAUAUUCGUUGCACCAUGCUCUCUUUAUUUACAGCUGGUGUUCGAAACUAUUGACUGCUAUAAACAAGAGCAAAGACUUUGCCUCUGUGGCCGAAUUUCUUCUAUUACUUCGACUGUUAGAGUACUACGCUGAGAUUCCCAUUAUCGUCAUUGCUUAUUUGUUAGAAAUUAUUACCCCAGCAUUUUUUAAGCUUUUAAGCAUGAACCUGAUGCAGGAGCUUGCGCUUCCCUUAACGGCAUGCUUGGUUUCCCUUAACACCUUUUUGACCCAGUUCAUUACCCAAAGGCAGAACACAUCUACAUAUGCAGAGCUACUGGCUUUUAUGCGCAACAAGACAAUGCUCCUCAUAUUGAAGUUCUCCGUUCAGAUGACAACGUGGUCAGGGAACAACUGCUUUCACAUUCUAUGCGCAUUCCACGAACUCCUGCCUACAGCAGAGCUUCUUAUGCGAACCAGCCCACGUACCUUGGAUGGAGAAUCUGUGAGGCUGGAGUCGGCUACAUUAGUAACGUACUCCUUGACGACCCUGCAAAACUAUAUAUCCGGUUUGAUUCUGUUUCUCAGAGAUGCUAGUCCAAGCGAGCUGCGCAGCUUCUUUGCAGAUGUACACCUCGGCAAGUUGAUAGACGAGCUUCUCUGGCCCGUGCAUUUCUUCGAGCAGACUCUUCUCCCAGCGAUUGCUAGCUCCCUCGCAACUCUCAUUUUGAAGCUCAUAAAGGCCAUCCCCAGGAUCUUCAAGGAUCUCACUCUAGCUACAGAGAUGUCGUCCUCCGCUGCGCACGCUAAUACUCUGUUCUGGCAAUAUGCCCAGCUGAUUGAUACCUUUUUUCACAAUUUGUUUCUGAGUCCAGUCAGUUUCUUCAGAGUCACGCUGCGAUACGCAGAGGCCUGCUCAUCAAAGAGAUUGGAUACCAUGGAGCUAAUACGUGCUAUAAGCAGCAUCAAGGUCGUCCAGUACAUUUUCACUGAAUCUUUCAUCAAGGAUCUUUUCUUUGUACUUUUAACGGAAACAUGCUACUUGAAUAAGGCAUACUCUCUUCUGCGUCUCUACAAGUUGCACUCCUACUGCGAGAAGGAGCGCAGUCAGCUAGGCAGCAUCUCCUCCCAUACGGGAGCUACCAUCCUGCUCCAGAAUAUAAUGAAGGAAGACGAGUAUGGCCUUGGAUACUAUGUGCUUGAACUUGUGAUUCGCCCCAUGACCAUGAUAAUCAGAUUCGCUGCUCUAGAGUCGUUCCUUAGUGUACUAACACAGGCAUUAUAUACUAAUCUUUACUUACACGCAGAGCAAUCACUCGCAAAUCGGGCAGCCACAGAGGACUUUAUGUUCCGUCUCCUGAUCGCGUUCAGACCUACGACGGCUGAAACGUCCUCCUUUAUUGAUUACUACAAGGUCUUGAACGCCAGAGGAUUGCUGGAGGCUCUUCUUCGCAUAUCUCAGCACUGCAUCUUUGGAGACAGCUACAUCGGUACGAUUCAAUCUCUGUCCUCUGUAGUGCCAAAGCGGCAUGAAUGCACUCCUAUAAAUAUAACUGAAAUGGAAGCCAGCUUAAUCUAUGACAUAUUGACGCUUCUCUUCUACAAUGUCAUCUUUCCUUCACCCGUACACCCCGUACUCCUGCGGAGGUGUAUCAUGUCCCUUGUGGACUAUUGCAGUGACCACAUUUUUCUCUACUCGCACAUGGCCGCAGUCUUUGCCACGCGUGAGCAGAGUAUUCUGAAUAUUCUAAUAGAGCUGCCAGCCAUGGCUAUAGCGACGUUUCCACCCAUUGAGGUCUUGCUGCAAAGGCCAGAAUACUUUAAAGAGGACGAUACAAUUCACUUAUCACGGGCAAAAUUCCACGGAAACGUAGAGAGUACCAUUGUACAGUACAUACAUUCCGACCUGAUGGCUAUUCUGCGAGUCUGUGCCGCUGAGCAUGACGCUAAGGCUCUAUAUAAGAAUUUCAAAUGGCAGACCUUUAAGUAUCUCCGAGGACUCACUGAAUUCUCGAACUAUCUCUCGAUGAAUAGGUUUUCCACUCUCGAGCUCACCAUCUAUUGCUACGUUAACAUCCCUUUUAUCGGGCAUAACUCACGCCUGAGCUCCAUGGUUAACUUUAUCCGAUUGGCACCGUACUGUCUUCUUAGUGACAACCUUUCGUUCCGCAGCUAUGUCCUCCGCAUUUUGGCUGGAGAAGGGGUCUCCCUUGUAGGAGACGCUUCUUUCUAUAAGAGUAGAAACUCUAUCCAGAUACAGAACUCGUUAGACAUGCUCAUCUAUCCCCAUUCUCUCGCAGCCCGCGGAAUCUACUAUACUAGAAUAGACUUUUCCUUUCGGAAGUCUGUGUCACUAUUUUUAAGUAAUCACGCAUCGGCCAGCGUCCUAGUUGAGACAGCACUAAUGCACAUUCUUGUAAUACUAGAGUACUACAUAAGUGAGCACGCCAUCUUUGCAGAAGAUAUGGCCCUUGCCACAACGGCUCUUGUGAACAUCGAGAAUCAAGCGCCUGGUGGAGCCAGCUCGAUGAAGAAAACAACCAAGGUUGGGCCUCUUAUCCGAGCACGGCCCUAUCGUCACAGACUUGACGAUCUUCUUCUGCCCUUAACACGAGAUCUGCACGAGUCAAGUAGCGCGGAUGCAGAUGUUUAUAGCGGAGUGCUGGGUUGCUACCCUUCGUUUGUGGACUUUCUCAGGAAGAAGCUUCACGACUGCUCGUUUACAAAUCUAACUCUAUCCACAUUUCAGAUGCUUCCGACGACCUCGUUUGAAUUAGCUAAUUUCUCCAUGAGCGCGGAGCACCCUGUUCAGUACUCAGAUAUGUAUGUAUCUGGCCGACACAUCCUCUCGCCAAUAGCCUUUGGAGAGCUUUCGCUAUUGAUCAAGGGGCGCCUAGGUGUCUAUGGAGAACAAUUAUUAAACCGCUUUUGGGCGAAUGUUCCUCGUGCUCUGGAUCCAAGGUCAUGUGCUGAGAGCGACGGAACUCAUACUCACACAUAUAAGAUGUACACAAGUGUCCCUAGUUUCGUCCUACAGGCGCAGAACGCGUCGUUUCCUCAAUAUAAGCACUAUUAUACGGAAGAUGAGCUCUCCACCAUUCCGUUUACCCAACUUAAGGUGAGUAUCAAGAGAGCCGUUUAUCACUAUGCGGUGUUCUUCUCUCGGCAACCGAUAUUUUUCCAUCAGUUUUCUGAAAAGGUUAGAGCAGACAAGGAUUUUGUCGCAUUCAAUGUCUUGAUCUUGCUUGAGCACGCCUGGAGGUUGCUAGGAAUCAACUUAACUGACUUCCCCACUGCCACCUCAAGCGGAAAAGUCUGGGAAAUGCAGAUAGACGACCUCCUUCUGAUAGUUAAUCAUCCAAAGGGGCUUUGUGCAAUGCAGUACAGUGCAGAGGGGAUAAGUCACAUUGCUUCUCUGCACUACAUCCUCUUAUCCUUGAUAUUGCAAUCCAUCUCGCUUCCUUGGCCUGUGCGCGAGUCUGAGAAAACCAUAGUUAACGGCAAGUCCCUGAUGAUUUAUAUCAUUUCAGCCGCGACCGCGCAGCAUAACUACGACGUCCUAAAUGUUUUCCUAUUGAUGAUGUUGGGGAAGUGUGAACAUAGUGACCAUGUUGUUAGUGACAACAUGCGUCAACUAAUGCUCGUGAUUAUUCAGGAUAUUUUUCUUAAGCUGGACACAAUCAGCACUCCCGAUUUGUCUGCUCAGUCGCACGUCUGUCCAUAUGGAGGCUGCUUUGUUAUUGGGCUUCAGGCAUGUCUUUUUCUAGAGCACGUUGUGCGCCACUGGGCGGGAAGUCAGUUUCCAAUGCUCCACAUAUGCAAAUUUCUCUUAACCCUUAUGGACUUGGUUGGAAGGCUGAAGCACCAUAUUAUUAUUCGCACUAGCUUGGCACUUGGGCUCCUUUCUUUCUCCAGAGAGAUCCUUUCAGCCAUUUCUCACUCCACGUCGAGCCACGACUUGAUUCCCAUGACUGCCUUUGCCUUGAUCUCAAUCACGAAGACGCUGAAGCAAGCAGCACACGUGUGCGCUCCCAUUUACGGCUCUUACGAGUUUUCUAACUCCGUCCCUCUUCAUCCCGUAUUGAAGAAUCGCGUUACUGUUCUCCUUUACGAAGAUGCCAAGUCCUUCUACCGCCUUCUGGAUUGGCUCAAGCAACCUCCUACAUUCUAUAAUAGAGUGCUCUUUUCUGCCUUCUCUGAAACCAUCCUGCCAAAAAUCCUCGGCUCGUGCGCAGAUGGCGUCUUUAAUGUUCGUGGGGAACUUGCAAAGAUGGCAUCACUUACAGAAUCUACGUUCCUAGAGAUUGGGUUGAAGUUUCUUAAUAGUCAGGAGGUUUUUUCUGCUAUUAGGGCUGGAACGUAUAAACAGGCUCAGGAGCAUUUGAUUUAUGCCCUCAACGUUACAUGUGAUGUAGCUUGCAGUGCUAGGGCUAGCCUCCUCGACUUAGGGUCUCAAAGGUUCUAUGCUGUUAUCUACACAGCAAUAAAGAGUACAGGUGGCCAUGCUCAGCAGUGUUUCUCCAAUCUCUGUGCAUUUGUCAGGGGAAUGCACUAUGAUGCUGUCUUUUCUCACGGUGCAAAAUUGGAGCUGGCUGAUCGCAUGCAUGCGAUACGCCUUUGUAGCCUGUUGCAGCGAUCAGCGAUCAACUUUAUCUUCCAGCUGAUUGCUGGCCUUUCUCAAUGCAUUGCUAGUGUCGACACCGCGUCCCCGGACGGCUUAAGUAGCUUUCUCUGCUCUUUAAAGGAGCAUCUGACAGUGGCCUGCCUCCGGGGCAUACUCGCGUUUGCUGACGAGACUCGCUAUGCGCGCUACUUUGCUUCCUUUGGCUACCAUUCUAUUUCAAAGGAGCAAGCUAACAGAUACUUUUCAGUGGUCCCUACAUCGUUUAAUGUGUCCCUUAGCGACCGCCAGAUCUUUUAUGUCCCUGUUGUAGGUGUUUCUUGGACCACGGUGGAACUCAAGUAUCUCUACUACGAGCUAAGAAUCGCUGCUGAAUGCAUUGCAUCCGGGCUUGCUGGCGUAAACAUGGACGCCAUUGCGCCCCUGAUCCAAAGAACGCUGGAGCCCGUUAUUGCAUAUUACGCCGAUUGUCACUAUCCAUCCCCAUUGUUUUUCAAACUAGGGGAAGUAUUCGUUCGCUAUUUUAAUUAUAUGUCCCUGCCAUUUCUCUCUGCACUGCUAUCCCCCGAUAAACUAAGAUUGUUGUUUCUUACCGAAGAAACGCUCUACACAGAACUAACCACAAACAAAUUAUUCCCCUACGCGUACCUCAUUCAGUAUGCUCUUCUAACAAAGUUUACGUGUUCCAAUUGGGUUAAGCAGGGAUGUACAAGUAACAUCCUGCUGAUUAACAAUACCAUCAAGUCCUGCAUAUAUAGCUUCGAUAGGAUGCUCUAUGCGCUUCUUUCUAAAGGAGACACGUAUCAGGACAGUACAGGCAACACGUUCAGUAUUUCUAAUGUCAUAACCCAGGAUCUCUUGACUGCAUGCAGAAACGCUAUCGAUACACUUCUUGUGAUUGACAGAUAUGAGCUAGAUAGUCUCAACCAGCCUAGGCUGCGUAUGAAGGCCCACUUCUACAUAUACAAUCCCCCAAUCUUUUCGUCUCGAAGAUACACCCCGACAGGCAUGCUAUCCCUGCUUAUGAUGGACGCUUAUGACUCUGCUUCACCUCUGCCACAACACAACGUAGAAGCAUGCUCUCUAGAGCAGGUUGAAGAGUGUCUCAUGCCUAGUUUCCCAGACAGUCAUGUCAACCUGACCUUUGCCUUCACGACGUUGAGGUCCCGGCUGCUUCCAGCUUUGUGCAUCUCUUAUGGUAGAUAUCUGGAGUACAUAAAGCACUUAUUUACAGCUGUAUUCAGCCUUCUUGAUCGCAUUGAUAUCACCAUAGGCACCGGGCAACAAGAUGAGCAGCAAAGGGUUGCGUCUAUUUCUGCAACCCUUUUGAAGCUUGUCUCUAUUGCUUUGCAUAUUGGAGAGCGUACCGCUACCAAUCCGCAAGACUUCAGUUGCCUCUCUACUACCUCGGCACGCUUCGAUGCGGAGACAGAGCGAGCAUUGAUUGAGAGCACAUGCAACUGUAUUGUUCAGUUUCUUCCUGAGAAGAUUGCCAAGCUCCGAGCCAUGGCAGCAAGGCUCUUUAACUCAUCAAUACGCAUAGGAGCACGAGCCUUUUGUGUGCUCAAUCCAGACUUCUAUGUACCACAGUACAAGCUUCACACCGCUGCGUUCCUUCUUGCUUCAGAGACUCGCAUAUCAACGUCAGAUAGAUUGGAACUGCGUCAGUUGGCUCUCGAUGGGGUAUAUCUUAGCACGCUGCGAACCAUGUUUCCGCGUCUUGCCGAGUCCAAUCUCUCAAAGCUAUCUUUUGAAGCCGCAGACAUUACGGACGAGGCUUCUGCUAAGGACUUCUUUUUCAUCCACCUGUCUUCGUAUAUCGUGGGCCUGGGUCGAGCUCAUAAUUUUGUUGGCAUCUAUAACCUAUUAGAAAAGUAUUUUUUUCCACUCCUUUACGCUGGAUUGGAAAAAGGUUGGCUUUCCUUUGAUUCCUACGUAGCCAUAGUGAAACAUUAUCGGCAGAUUUUAAAGGACUUCACGUAUGACCUCACAGGGCUCCACAUGGGCCAGAUGGUCAGGUUUCUAGGUCCCCUCGCGCUAGCUAUGGAGAGCUUUAAGCCACUGUUGUACAUGGCCAUUCUAAUGGUGACCCAACCGCAAGAUCUGCUAAUAGACUCUCUUUCUCGACUUCUUCUGUUUGAGCUCAGCAUGGAAGAAGUAGCCCGUCUGGACGAUCUCUGCCUUAAGGUCAUAAAGCAGUGCCAUUGGUAUAACUACGUGUCCAUCCCGGGCCAAAGUUCGACCCUGGAUCUCCCUAUCACUGUGACACAGUACUUCUUGGCCUUUUCCUUGACAAGCCUUCUAGAGGUCCGGUACAGUGAGGACAUUAAGAUAGGAUUUUGGCGAGCAGUAUUACCCUUUCUCCGACUAUUUCCCAUAGUACGGGGCUAUAGGUGCUGCCACGACCCAGCACACUACUCUUCUGCGAUUGCACUGAUGAACUCGUAUGUUAUUAUGAUCGUUUCCCAGAUGUCUGUGUUGCGUCGCUCGCGAUUUGUGUUUUGCGGCCGAAUCAUCAACUAUAUGACGAGCCUUUCCAAUGCACUGGCCACAACUAGUGAAGAGAGUCUUUUCGAUGAUGAAGACACUGUCUUACUGCUUCAGACAAGCAGCGAGUUGAUCUUUACGAUCUCCACAUUUAUUCUUGGACUUGACCUGAACGUGGUCAAUGGAAGCUCCAACCACCACGACGCUCUGAAGGCAUGUAUCACUUUGGAGUCUGAUUCUGAAACAGAUAAGGAGGUUAUUGGGCUCAUCAAUGAAAGAAAGCAGAAACACAUUUUCGCCAUUUACAAGCGCCUUUUACCAGCAUUAGCCGACGACUCUAUUUUACAAGCAGCGCUAUCAUCUAUCAUAAACCUAAUAGCCAUAUGCUACGUACACAUACUUUGCACAUCCAACUUCAUGUUUUCGCAAACAUUCGACACCGUUUCUAAAGCUCUAGAACCGUAUUUAACCGGCCUAAUCUUCGUUCUGUUGAAAAUUAUUGCAGUGUGUCCUAAGGUAGGGAACUCCGAAGAAACAUUAUACCAGGAGUCUAAUAACGUGAUGAACAGUAUCACAGAGGAGUUGGAAUGGGCACAACUCCACAAAGAGCUUACCGUCAGCGUCAAGCAUCGGGCGUUCUCCAUCCACACAGAGAGCCCGUUGAAGCACGGCCUAAAGCAUUAUAGUUCUGGAUCCAAAGGGUCUAAGAGCAGAGGAUCCAGGCAUCAGGCAGAUGUUUUAGUCAUCAGCCACGAAUUUCUUGGAGACAUACUUGUGGGGUUGUACAAGUUGCUCACUCCCCGCGAUGUACUUCCCAAUAUGACUGGCUCAAUGGCCAUAAAGCAUGAUGCACACUUGGUAGUUUAUAUCCUCACAAGCUCAAUAGAUACCAGGAUGGAGAAUAUUCAAUUUAGGGAACACAAGUCGUCUAACGAGCAACUUCGACCGCCAAAGCAAUCUACACUACCGGACAGCUCUAAGAGGAUCCUCCCUGUGUGCAUCAGAACCACGGAUUUAUCAGAACUCGCCAUAGAACUCAUUGUACACAGCGGACGUGUGGCAGAAUACAAGUGGUUUCUAUUAAGUAUUCUCGCGCACACGAAGUCGUCAGGGACUGAGUUUUUGCUGCAACGUACCUCUUUCCUUCAACGACUUUGCUUUGCUCUCUCGUUUGAUAGAUCGUUUCGCUUUGAGUACAGUGCACGAGAGUUGACACUUUCUUACCGCAAGGACAUCGUAGAGGAGUGUUACUACUAUUUGGCCAAGCUAUCAAGCUGCCUCUUUACACUGCACAGGUUUAUAAUCGCCUUAUCUAGCGAGCUUCGAUCUGUGUAUGCUACUGAUUGGUGCUUGGAGAUACCAAGCGCGAACUAUGAUAUACAUCCAGGGGCACCGGCGUUUUAUAGCUUGGAUUUGGCUGCAUCUUACUCCGGGAAAAACAUUGAUCGGACUGACACACUUUCUAUGCUGAGGAUUACUCUGGUACGGUAUGUUCAUGCCUACAGAUAUUAUAGUAACCUGCUUAAACCAGUCAUCCUUCACUUGCACUCCUCCUAUGAUCCAAAACAGGUCUCAACCCUUUCUCUCGUGCUUCGCUUUUCCUUUAUUCUUCUAAACGACAUAGCCAGCGCGCCGAUUGUGAAGUGUUCCGUGGCCUUCAUGAGCACUAACAUCUACAACACAUUCUUUCUUGGCCACACCAACAUUAUCCAUGCUCUAGAGGAUCUCCUAGGUCUUGCCAUUGUUGCCUUCACUACAGACAGAGAUAGAAGGGAUGUGAGUGAUGGGGCUGUGCUCAAGAUACCCUCGUCCGUGCUGAGCUAUAUUAAGGCCUUCUUAGCCCAAUUGCUCGAGCACUACAAGUCCGCUGAUAGGCCCAACUCUGAUUCAGCUAUCUCACCCUCGGUGUUCAUGUCUCUGUACACCAGUCUAUUUUCUGAGUCGCGCGACAUUGACAUGCGGAAGAUUGACCAGAUUUCCUGGAAUACAUUGGCUCUACCACAGGAGUAUCUGCACGCAUACAAUCGAUACACUUCCAUGAUGUCUUCUUCCUCAGAUCAUAAUAAGGCAGUGUUGGAGGCACGAGUGUUCAUUUUUCUGAUCCACUUUAACCUGGUGAAUCAACUGCUCAGGAGCCUGGAGCCGUUCUCCUUCACAAUCGUGAUUUCUACUCUUUUGUUUCUUCGGAUGCUUAUAUAUUUUAAUUCGUUCAUUAAUUUUACCCUAACCAACUUUAAUUACUUCAAAACUUUCUUUCUUGGAGAAUUUAAGGACAGAAUUAACGAACUGGUCCAGUUUCUUAUCCACCUUUUGAACAAAAAUGUUGGGCACUACAUUGCCGUACUGGAGCCAACGCCCGCGGUUCUAUUCUCUGCUAUUGACAACGAGAUUGUUAUCUUGCAACGUGAAUGCAAUAAGCUAUGGCACCUACUUUCUCCAGGAGGCUAUUUCCUGGAGUCGAACUUUUUCAUAGCUAACUUGACAUACCAUGCAUCAGACUUUUCAAGGUACUUUGUCGAUGCGCUGUGUAAGCGUAUACUCUGGAACAUAGUCUGCGAGACCGUAUCUUGGUAUGAGGACGAGUCCAACGCCGCCCAGCGUGAUCUCUUGCAUGCGUCUGUCAAGGAGAAGCUCGUGGCCUUUGUCAAGUUCUUGAAGCAGCGGGAACAGCUACUUGCACAGACAGAAUCCGAAUGCUAUUCACACAUUCUAAGGGAUCUGCGGCUCAUAUAUCUUUCACUGGAGAACAACUAUGUAGACCCUACCAUGCCACUCCACAAAGACACUGCACAGCAAUAUAUUCUUCCGGCUGCAUUUCUUUAUGACAUCACCUCAUCGGCUCCAGGAGAAAUUCCAGAGGACGGUGUCAUUAAGAUUCUCUUUAGUCAAGUCUUGCCACAGCAGCCCCUGAAUCUAUUACGGCAGAGGAGCGACGCCUUUCUUUUGUUGUCUCUGUUUAUGCGUCUAGCUGCGCGGCCGAUUGAUGGUCUGGCGGAGUUUUGCAGAGUAGUCACCAUGUACACUAGCUCAUUCGCUAUCCUAUCGAGCUUUGCAGCGGAGACGUACCAUGAUUUUAUGACUAGCCUUUUGAACAGCACUCCGGACAGACACGCAUGGUCUCUUGACCUAGCUAAUGAAAAGCGCGACUUAAGUAGAUACAAUUGUAACUGUCACCCGUCGAUACUCAUCAGCUCGCAGUCCAGGAUGGGUGUUCAGCGUCUGUAUCAGAAGCUUCUGAACUACCUACCGACGCUAAGAAAUCUCGACAGUUUUCUUUUCACCCGCAACUCCUUCUAUCGCCUUGUUCUGGGUCUCAUAGUGGAGUUUGGGCACUUCCCCUGCGAGCCAGACACUGUGAUAUCAAUCACUGAAAGUUUUUGCCGUCACAUACCCCAGCAGUCCAACACGUCUAUGGGUGGGUUGAUACGUAACUUUUCUAAAACACUCGGAUUUACAUCCUUUAUCCCUACCCACGCAGAGCCUACGGUUAGCGGAAUUGGUGCCGGGCUUCCUCACAUAGGGAACACUGCAGGGAACAAGUACGGAUUUGGUCUUAUCUGGAUGUUUUAUGAGUUUUUGCUCAAGCAGUGGAAGGCUGGGCCCCCCAUAGAAUAUGAGAGCUGCCAGGCCCGGGCUCCGAGUACCAUUAUAUCCAGGCGUUUUUACACAGACCUCAGACAGAAUGUCAGGGUUGUCCUGGAGCUAUACAACAUCGUUACUGAUUUGCUGUCAACCAGCGCGGGGGAUGGCUCCUUGCCGCCAAACAAUCUCUUUCAAGCACCUAUUGACACAGCAAAGUACUUUGUUUUUAGCGCUCAAUCGACAGACGGUUUCUACGACAACCUCACGCUUACCUGUGACUUGCAAAAGAUAACUCAUAUUUACCUAGAACUCCUCGCUAUUAGCAUGCAACUCUAUGACCGGAUACUCUUUCUGCCUAGACUUCAUGACAAGGUCAGCACAUACAAGGCAAAGAUGCUCUCCGGGAUACCCAAGUACAAUGAGCCUAUCAUCAAGUUCGAGGCCAAUACGCUGACUUCUAUUGAGCGCAUCUUCGCAGGUCGUAAAGAUACACAUAGCAUCAUAAGGAAGAAGUUGGAAGCUUAUAUGGUAAGUGCAGAUAAGCUGUAUAUGGUCCGGGAGAAGCUCCAAUCCAAGGAGACAGCAAGCAUCAUACCGACCUCAGACGACAUAGCCGAAAUUAGGAGUGUAGAAAAGGGCGUGACAGAUGUGUAUAGAGAGUAUAUAGAGGCACUGAAGAAGGACAAGAAGGAGCAGCUAGACAUGCUCAUGUCAUAUAACUACUUGAUACCGAGGUACUUUCACGUCUUCAAUAUGGCGAUCAAUGACGAUCCAACGACCUUACAGGGCAUCUGUCCAGAGCUCUUCGAAGACUUCAAGGAGCAGCUUGCUCUUCGCAAUGGCCCGGCCUUUUCGCUCCCUCACGUUUCAGAGUAUAGUCUUGGGGACAUAGAGUUGCUAAGAAAGAACCUCUAUGCUACGGUGACUGCUCUCUUCAAGAUUCUUCACAUUGGGGUAGACUGCUUUUCGAACCAGAAGUACUGUGUCUUCAAUCUUUCAGGCUUGAACAAGGCGCUAACGUGGGAGCUGCUGCUGAAGCGCACGGCUCAUGCUAGCAUCAAGCUAUUAAACGACAAGGAGCUGCGACUGGGGUGGUUGCUCCCCUUUAGAUUAGGGACCCCGCCGGCCCCGAAUUUGCUAGGGAAACAGUACAUAUACCUUGGUACCGGCAGCUGGCGUCUUUCUCGGAUCAAUGUCUUUCAGGCCGUCCAGCCCACACACCCGUCUGUGUAUCGGCCCAAUCUUCUCUAUUUACAGAGCAGUCUCGGUAUUCAGAAGCUCUACUAUAAAGUAUUCCAACGAUUGUCUCCAGUGGACAUGUUCUCUAUGCAGUUCCUGAAGCACACAGGACAAUAUAGGGAAGCAGCAGCUAUUUCUAUCCUGUAUCUCAACCACUUCGUCAAUGAAAACCCUGAGGAGGCCUCAGAAUACAUGGUCAUUUACUUGUCUGAGUUGCGCAACCUGUAUUAUAAUCCCUUCCGGACAUACCUCCAGCAGCUGUCUGAAGACAAGUACACCCAGCUGCUUUCUUUCUGGAUAAACGAGACGUACUAUAGCGUCUCGCAUAUCCAGCCGCGCAUAGCCAACAGAGAAACACCUUACAAUUCUUCGCCUAUCCUGUCCCAUGCAAGCAGAAUGGAUCCUCGGUAUAAUAUGACUGAGGCAAGGUUUGCAUACAAUGGCCACCUUGUGGCUGAGCGUAACAUGGAAUUCCUUAACAUACCCAGAUACAUAGUCAACUACUUCUUAAAUACGCACGGGACCUAUGUGCUCAGUUACUUCAUGUCCGCGCUUCGCCAGGUCUUCUCGUUCAAUUCCAACACCCACGCCUCUGCACGCUUUAUCUGGGACAAGGCAAUACUUGAUUUUCAUCAGAAUAUAAAGGCUAUCAGACAAAAGUUUGAACGAGCAGUCGAGGUGGUGAUGGCAUCCAGGCGCUUUAAGCGCGACAAUCCGCAGCAUCAAGAUACAGACAAGCUAACUGACUUCUUCAACUACUUGAAUGAGGUGCUAAAGUCUUCAGAGUUCAAUACCAAUGCACAGCAAUCCAAUUCUCUUGAAUCAUAUAGUUCUGGGCAGAUAAUGGCUAGCACUCCGGUACCUCAUAUUAACUCUCUUUGCAUACUAGCAAAUCUCUUUCCAGGACCAUCAGAGGAGCUUUUCGGUCUCCAUCUUCCUAUCACGGUUCUUUCUAGUAGCAUUCUAAGCUAUACUCAAGAAGCAUUUUCAUCAUUCAGCAACGCCUCUGAUGCUGUCAAUGAUGCCAUGCUUUACUCGUCUCCAUACCUUGACGACGACAAGAUCAUUCAGCCGUCAAUACUCAGCACCCUUACUGACAGCAUCUUUCUGUUCGCAUACCUGUACCCAAAGGAAGCCAUUGAGUUCGUCUUGAAAUCGACUAUCUUGAAGCGGUCCUUCUGCACUCAUAGAAGCUUAAGCAACUAUCAAUUCAGAGCCUUGCCGUACGCUAUCAAUAUUAAUGCCGCCGACUUUGCACACUUAUCCCCCAUAGUGGGAUUUCAGAUAGCUACCUAUGUUCCAACCGGAUGCAUGCCGGGUCUACAGGGGAUGGCUCUCACCUAUCGUUUAGAUGAUCUUGUAUCUGGGUCCGGAAAAUAUGAGCAAUACUGCAAAUCUGCGCUAGACUUACGUGCUUCUACACUUCACCAGGCCUUUCUUACCGAUAACCAGGUAGGCUUGGCCUCUGCCGUCACUGAUUCAAAGCUGCGUAGCAUACUGAGCUGCAACUUGGAUGCCAAUGCAGAUCAAUCUGCACUCAAGUCUGCUGUCUCUUGCGAUGCAAUGCUAACAAAUCUGACCGUGGAGUCACAGAUCUAUCUUCUUUACUUCGCUCUCACCAAUCCUUUGGACAACGCAGCACUCAUUCGCCGCUUGCUCCUGUCCAUCAGAGAUAUGCUGAUCUCAGAGCGAGUGUUCUUAGAUGCUAACAUAACGUCGCUACUGUAUCAGUAUGCAGACCUUUCAGAUAUAUAUUCAACGCUGCUGUACUCUAUCACCGCAAUCAAGCGCGCCUAUAAGCAGGUUAUCGAUAAGGAACUCCUAUCGCAAGGGCAAAGUCUACAACAAGCGAUUCAAUCAAGAAAGAGGACAACGGAUCGAUUCUAUCGAAACUUCAUACAUUUACCCAUAGUUAGCUUGCUUUCAAGCUUCAGAACGAGACACAAGGACAUCUAUUUGGCUGGACCAAGAGAAAUUAGCACGUGGGCCACAUGUCGGCUCAUGGUCAUUAUAAGCUACACAAAGGUUUUCUCAGCGCCGUAUCAGUACUUGGAUGACCUCUACGAUGAAAGCAUCGAUGCUCAGGUUCGGGCUAUUGCUAGAAGCUAUUCUGCGUGUCUAUGGGAUAGCUUGCGCAGCAACUUUGCGAUUACAAGACCGCAUACCCUGAACUCUAUAAUUGAACAUGCGCUCCUAUUGGGGAUGCCUGCAGCAGCUCGUGUCGCAAACAAGAAAGAGGUUAAUUGGAAUGAAAUGCAGAAGCUCUCCAACAACUUACCCUAUAUUGCCGAGACGGUGAGAUGCAUCAGAAGUCAAAUCUUUUCAUUAAUGAAAUCGGGAAAGUUCUUCAACCAUAAGGCAGUGAUGUCCGAAGAUUUGAAGACCAGUGCACAGGCUACCUCCUUUCUUGCGGACAAUAUUAAGAUAGACGACAACUAUGCAGCCUUAAAUGAAUGCCUUAUGUACCUCGAGAAUCCGACCUUUCUGAACGAUUAUAUUAAGACCCAGAAGCAUCUCCUCGAAGAAAUACGCACCAGUCUGAGCCACAUGCGCAUCCUCGUUGAGAGGUCAGAGAUGCCCUUCCCUUCCACUGUGUCUGAAAGCACGUCAAUGGCCCUGAAGAGCCUGGGUGCUGGCAGCAACAAUCCGGGGGCCAAGGAUCUUCCACGAUAUUGGCAGGCUAACACAGAUCUAUUUCUUCAUCACAUUGACAGCUUCAUUAAGCAUACCCCUGCUUACCCGUCCUCCAACAGCACACAUCUUGGGCCCGUGGCUAGUGCUGAUUCAUCGCAUCUAUCAGACCCCCAACAUAGUGUGUUGAGCCCUGCUUCCUUGGCCCAUCUAUGGGAUCUACUAGUCUCCUUCUUUGUUAGCUGUAUAAACAGCAUUUCUAAUAUCAACGAGGCUGCCGAUAUUGAGACACUCAACCAGCUCUAUGAGAGCAUCCAUAUCGAGCACGUAAUCCCCAGCAAAGGGGUGCAGGGCGACGACUCUACCAUUAAAAGGCGUACUACUAUGUUACGAUAUUAUAGGAACAUUCUGGAAAGCCGAUUCUGCGAGUCCAGGGACCGUGCAGCCUUGGGAACUUUUAAUAGCAUGCUAAACUUUAUUUUAAUGCCUCCAUCCGUCUUUUAUAUGGAGUGUGGCCCUGCUAUCGCAAACCUGUACGAUGGUCUGUCAAGCUCUUCUGUCUUCUCUGUCUUUUUAAAGCCACAGUAUGGGCAGUGGUCAAUGCUAGACAGCAUUUUGCUGUACACACUGAUAACUUCGGUCAUGCACAUUCAUCCUCAUCACAUUGCGUACAACUAUCGACGCAUUUUCUGCACUAUUUCAUUCUACCCUCGCAUCUCAAGGCAUAACUCUGUUGCUAGGUUGGGAUUUCUUACUGGAUUGCUAAUCAAUAUGUAUAGUGAUUGUGACAGACAAUACCCAGUUCUGCUUAAGGAUGGCAAUUACACUGCCUUCCCAUCCUAUCACGUGAGUCCCCGACUGUUCGUUGAACUGACGUUCAUCCUCGGGAUUGAUAUAUUGAAGGUGCGAAACUACCUAAUAAAGUCAAGCCCUAUACAAGACGACACUCAUCAAGCAAGCAUCUCAUUACUACGACAGAUUAAGUACUGGGAGAUCUUGUUGGUACUUCUCUGCGAAGCAGACGCCUAUACUAAGGAAAUCACAUACCUUGAUUCAUCCUAUCGGUUUGAUGUUCUUUCAGCUUUGUCCGAACUAGCUAAGAGGCAGCCUUUGCUUAGGAAAAUAGCACCUAAUUCUAUGCAAUACAAAACAGACCACGAUGGGCUGAGUUUAUGGCUCUAUCUUCUUCAUGUGAGAGGCAACUCUUCCGAAGCCCGCGCUAGCAAGACCUCUACUGAGGACGUUGAAAACAUAGACCAACUGUUGUCUCUUCAGCAAAUAUUUAUCGGGAAGAUCACACAGCUUGUUUCGUAUGACGUCCAGGAGAAAAGAAAGAAGGUGGUGUACGAUAUUUUGCUUGCACUGAUACUGGAAGUAGAGCUGUGUGUGCGGAAUGCUUGUUCCUCCAGGUCGGUGGGAGAGAGAAGCGCGGCAGACAAGGCACUGUCCAUGUUAUUAGGCUUCGGCUUCCUGCUUUUUGUCUUUGCAUACUCGAUUUACAGAAUAUCAACGACGCUGGAGAAUGAAUCUAUCUCUCUCAUUGCUGCGUUUGAUGGCAUCUCUGCCGGCACUGCACCCUGGUAUUAUUCUAUUACGAAAAAGCUCCAUUCCCACCUGGUCGCACAUAAUUAUGAGAUCUUUCUCGGGAAGAAUAAGACCUUCCUAGUAAGCUAUAAGAAUCUCAUUUCAGAGAAGUUCCAAGCGAGGCAACAGCUCAUAGAGUGUAUAGAUAGAAUCAUUAACAUGCAGGCACAAAACGGUGGCUCCUCCGAUGUGGUUUUUAAAUUCUUUGAAACGUAUGUCCACGAUUAUAUGUGCUACCUCAGGGAUCUAGUGGUGCAGAGAAACCUCGAAAGCACCGAGUUCUGGGGCAUCCCGUCCAUAAAUACACGGCGCUUUAGAGCAUCCCAGGUAGUUGAUGCGUCUCUAGGGUGCCAUAACCCUCAGGCUGGGGCAACAACAUCUCCAUUGCUUACGGACAUCAUCGGGGGGUUCUUCUAUGACGACGGACUUCUGUACGCUGAGAACUCUAUCAGUUCAGCAACCCACUUCGACAUCGACAGCUUCAGUGGUGUCCUACCUACUCCAGACCCAUCAUUUGCCAUGCCAGCAUACAAUAACCGCACAGACCACAUCUCUAGUGGUGUCGGCAAUAGCCUCACCGACAACGUUCUCUCAUAUCUCAUACACACCUCCAGCUACUGCAAAAGGCCAAUUGGACCCAUCAUCUUGUUCAUUUCUGGCCUGCCAAUAGUCAAGUUGAGCAUGUCAAAUGUAUCAUAUAGGUUUGGAGGGACUGUGGACUAUUUGGUUCUUGAAAUACCGAACAAUCCGUACAUCAUCGAUUGUCUCUCUGUGCUUAUGCCCUACGCUGUUCCGCUGAGAAUGGGUCUUUACAAGGAUGCGUCAAAUAUAGUCAACGGAGCUAUAAAUCCAUCGUCUCACGUAAUAUUCUGGGAAAAGUACAUCAAUAUUUCGAGAAAUGUGCACGUUUAUCACUGCAAGCAAACAACCUAUGUUGACAAGUUCGCAGGUUGUUCUGCUGCAACGUUUCAGUACAAUUAUCGGAAGCUUUUUGGAGUGCGAAAGGCAGUCUCUAUCGGCAUUGCACAGAGGCUCAUUCUUCAUGAACUAUUCAAUCUUCCAAAGAUGCAGCUGGCCGAGGAAGCUUAUGACUUCUCAACGGGAGAGGUCAUCUCGUUCGCCCCUCUGAGUACUCCAGACAUGUACGGAGACACCUCUGCCUUCAAGGAGCUUUGCCUCCGGUCAAUUAUAAUUAAAAGUCUAGCUACAGGACAAUCUGUACAAGACUUGCAUAGGUGCUCUCCUCAUACUGAGCACUUUGACACCCAGCUGACGUCACAUCCCAGAGCGACGAUUGGACAGAGCUUGGUACACACCUUGAGCCUUCAAAUACUCAUGGCGUAUUGUCCAUUGGCCAUUUCCCGAGCAGUUCGGCAUAUGCUCCUAGACAGCAAGUCCCGGUAUCCUCAGGCUGUAGCCCAGAAUGUGGCGAGAACCAUUUCUGUACAAAAUGCAACAACACACAUCUCUCGCACUUGGACUGAUGAAAUAGAAAUGCAGCUACUCGUUAAUGGACUAGUGGAGGAGUAUGAAGGACUCCAAAGGGACAAUGUCGCCCGCGCUGCCAUGCUACUGACUUCGACUGUUAGCUCCCUGGAUUCAAGAAUCCCCGUUUCCAAGGUCUGCGUAGACAGCAAUGACUACACUCAUAUUAACGAUGUGUCCGAGCUCACUGUCAAUGAAUCUUUGACACAACCGUCACUAGAGUAUGUUGCCUACUGUAUUGACGCAGGAAUAGAUGAGGGAUCAUGA